AUGUCAACAGAGGCAGAGACACCAGCAACAACUUCAAUCGAAGAGGUAUGUCUUACACCAAAUUGUGGAAAGAAGGCAUCGCUUCACUGUCCAGUCUGUGAGAAACUUAAUCUACCAGUGGCAAAUUUCUGUUCUCAAGAGUGUUUCAAAUCAUAUUGGCCAAUUCACAAGAUCAAGCAUUUGACAAAGGAAGAAAGACAAACAUCCAAUGAUGCAUUCAAGAGAAUUAAAUUCACAGGUAAACUGAGACCAUCCAAAGUAACACCAAGAAGAGCACCGCCCUCUGGAGUAACUCUACCAGACUAUGCACUCGAUGGAUUUCCACAUAGUGAAAGAGCAGCAGACAAGAGAAAGAUGCCAAUUCCAAUUCACACUAAAGAGGAGAUUGAGAUUAUGAGAGAGUUGUCAAUCAAGGGUAGAGAGGUACUCGAUAUUGCAGGUAGAGCAGCAAAAGUUGGUGUCACCACAGAGGAGAUCGAUAUAAUUGUACACAAUGCGUGUGCCGAGCGUGGAUGUUAUCCAUCGCCACUCAACUACCUCGGAUUCCCAAAGGCUUGUUGCACAUCGAUCAACGAAGUCAUUUGCCACGGUAUUCCAGAUUUGAGACCACUCGAAGACGGUGACAUUGUCAAUAUCGAUGUUUCACUCUACUGGAAGGGUUUCCAUUGCGAUUUGAACGAAACCUACUUGGUCGGAAACGUCAAUGAAAGCGGAAAGAAAUUGGUUCGUGUCACCUGGGAGUGUCUCGAAAAGGCCAUGGCCAUCAUCAAACCCGGUGUAAUGUAUCGUGAGCUUGGUGACAUCAUCCAGAAACACGCUCAUGCCAACGGAUUCUCUGUUGUCAAAAACUAUUGUGGUCAUGGUGUUGGUAAAUUAUUCCAUGGUCCACCAACUAUUCCUCAUUAUGCAAGAAAUAAAGCAGUUGGUGCAAUGAAAGCUGGACAUAUCUUUACAAUUGAACCUAUGAUCAAUGAAGGUACUUGGGAAGAUGAGUUGUGGCCAGAUGAAUGGACUGCCGUCACUGCCGAUGGUAAGAGAUCAGCUCAAUUCGAACAUACAAUCUUGGUAACAGAUACAGGUUAUGAAGUACUGAGCGCAAGAAGAGAUGGUUCAAAAUAUGAUUUUCUCGAAUAA